AUGAGACUUAUCAGUCAGCUGUUCACGAUAACCCUGUCUGGGUGUAUCCACGCUCGACUUGCUGUUAGAGACGCGUCUUUUUCUUUUUUAUUUGUUCCUUGGUGGGCGGUGGUCUGCUUUAUUUUGUUUAGCUAUUUUUCUGUGGGUGGCCAUUAUUUAUUUUUUGUUAUCAUUUUUUUCUUUUCCUUUUUUCUUUUCCAUUUGGUGGGUGAAUUGAUUUAUUUUUUUUUUUUAUCUAAUAUUUUUUUUUCCUUUUCCUUGAUUCAUUUUUCUUUCAUUUUUCUUGUCUUUUUCUUUUUCUUUUUUCUUUUCCAUUUGGUGGGAGUAGGUAGGUUCACCUGUUAUCCUCAUCCGCCUCACCUGCUAUCCUCUUCCGCCUCGCCUGCUAUCCUCUUCCGCCUCACUUGCUAUCUUCCUCCGCCUCGCCUAAUAUCCUCUUCCGCUUCACCUGCUAUCCUCUUUUGCCUCACCUGCUAUCCUCUUCCGCCUCGCCUGCUAUCCUCUUCCGCUUCACCUGCUAUCCUCUUCCGCCUCACCUGCUAUCCUCUUCCGCCUCGCCUGCUAUCCUCUUCCGCUACACCUGCUAUCCUCUUCCGCCUCGCCUGCUAUUUUCUUCCGCUUCACCUGCUAUCCUCUUCCGCUUCACCUGCUAUCCUCUUCCGCCUCGCCUGCUAUCCUCUUCCGCCUCGCCUAUCCUCUAUCCUUCUUCCUCUUCCGCUACACCUGCUAUCCUCUUCCGUCUCACCUGCUAUCCUCUUCCGCCUCGCCUGCUAUCCUCUUUCGCAGCACCUGCUAUCCUCUUCCGCCUCACCUUUUUUUUUUUUAACUCAAUAG